AUACAUAUCCGGUAUUGCAGCUACACCCUUGCAUGUCUUUCUAGACAAUGUGAGUGGAAAUUGAAAGCUUCAAGUAUCAACAGAUCAGCUAUGUUCAAAAUCCGAGAGUUCGUAGAGAAACAUACAUGUCCAUUGAAGGAUAAGGUGUAUAUGCAACAUCAAGCUAGUAGUGGUUUUAUAGCUGGAAUUAUUAAGCCAAAAUUUAGAAAUUAUAAGAGGAAGUAUGUGCCUAGUGAUAUAGUAGAUGAUGUUAAAAAUGAUUUUGGGGUGGAUGUGCCAUACAUGAAAGCAUGGCGUGCUAAAGAAAAGGCUAUGACGGAGUUAAGGGGUGAGCCAGCCGAGUCAUACAAGAAAUUGCCGGGAUACGUAUACAUUUUGGAUAAAACAUACCCAGGUUCUCAUAUAAGAAUGAAGAAAACAUCUGAAAAUGAGUUCUUGUAUCUUUUUGUAGCAUUGUAUGCAUUUAUAAAGGGGUUUGAAUGUUGUCGACCCAUCGUGGUUAUAGAUGGCAGCCACAUCAAAACAGCAUAUAAUGGGACAUUUGUUUCAGCGAGCACGAUGGAUGGUGCAGGUAUGUCAAAAUCAAUCAUUUAGUUAUAUAAAAAGCUUAUAGAACUAAAAAAAAAAAAUAUGUAUUCAACUGAUUUUGCAGGGAACAUACUACCUUUGGCGUAUGGCGUGAUUGAUUCAGAAAAUGAUAAGUCUUGGACGUGGUUCUUCGAACAGUUCAAGGAAGCUUAUGGGCUACGGGAGAGCAUGUGUGUUGUAUCUGAUAGGCAUGAAAGCAUCAUCAAGGCUGUAUCCAAAGUAUAUCCUAAUGUUCCCCAUUUUGCAUGUAUAUGGCAUCUUUGGAAGAAUGUAUACAAUAAAUAUAGAAAGAGUCACAAGGUGCUGAGUGGGGUGUACUAUGCAAUGGCAAAAGCGUAUACGCAGGAUGAGUUUGACAUGCUAAUGGAAAAGGUUGAGACGGUGGAUAUUCGUGUAAAGGAUUACUUGGACUUAGCCGGCAGGGAAAAGUGGUCUAGGCUUUAUGCUCCAGUCAACCGAGCAUGGACAAUGACGUCUAAUAUUGCUGAGUCUAUCAAUUCAGCUCUCGUACAAGCAAGAGAAUUGCCAAUAUUUGAUUUUCUGGAAAAAGUUAGGAUUAUGUUUGGGCGCUGGAAUUUCACUAACCGACAAAAUGGUUUGUAUACAUUCACAACACUUGGGAAGAAAUUCAAUGAAAUGCUUUCCAUUAAUGAGCGUAAAUCUGCACGCAUGACGGUAAUACCAUCAACCGAAUACGUGCACACGGUAAUUGAUGAGGGGCGGCGUUUCAUAGUUUGUAUUGAAAAGAAGACAUGCAGUUGCAAAGAGUUUCAGAUGGAGGAGAUUCCCUGCCCACAUGCCUGGGCUGUUCUUAAGAAAACAAAUCUCACAGCCGACAACUAUUGCUCAAAAAUAUACAAACCUGAAACUGUGAUGAAGACUUAUGAUAUCCCAGUUUAUCCUCUACCCGAUGAGAGUGAAUGGAAAAUACCUGGAUACAUUUUGGAAGAGGUAGUUUUUCCACCAAGAUACAAGAGACCGCCUGGAAGGCCAAAGAAGAAGCGCGAUAAUUCUUUAUCUGAAUGGUUUUCAACUAAACGUACAAAUUCGUGUAGUAGGUGUGGACAUGUUGGACACAAUAGGCGUUCUUGUACAAAUGAGCCUCGAAGAAAGUAGUUGGUGGUUC